GGAGUUCGAGGGUUCGGCAGGGCCAUGGCGGAGGGGCCGCGGCAGCUGCUGGAGGUGUGCGGGCAGAGGCUGUCCCGUUUCCUCCACGAUGCCCAGCACAAGCGCCUGGCCUGGCUGCGGGAGGUUGAGGAGCAGGGCGUGAAGAUGCUGGAGAGCAGCUUCAGGGCAGAGCCUGCGCUCAUGCCCAAAACGCCGUCGCAGAGGAGGCGUCCCAGGAAAAGGCAGUCCUCCUGCCUCAAGGAGGAAAACAAGGAGCCAAACAGGAGGAGGUUGUCCCGAAGGAGAAGCGGCGUCAAGCCGGUGUCUUCUAGGCUGAGUUCCCAACGGCACCUGAGCCAAGAGCAGCCCCGGAGCCCUGGCUGUGGGGGAGAGGAGGUGUCUGUGCCCAGAUGUGCUCCAGGAUCCCAGGCUGGUGUCACGCCCCAGCUCCUGGAACUGCCUGGGAAGCAGGUGGUUGAAGCCUUUGUUCCCUUGGAAAAGGAGGACUGUCAGGACUGUGUCCAGGGUGCUGCUGGAGGUGAUGCAGCUGCUCUGGCCGUUUUGGGGGAGCACCUGCCAGAGGAGGACACAGCAGCUGAGCUGCAGGAGGUCUCUGGAGUCGCUGGAACAGCAGCCGAACAGCUGGGAAGGGAUGGGGAGCAGGAGCCCAGGACAGCAAGCACCUCCACUCCCAAAGCUGCUCGGAAUGGAGACCCUGCCGCGCUCCAAGGAGAUGGAUCCCCCCAAAGCCUCGACAAACUGCUCUUCCAGGACUCCGACAGCAAAAGAACAACAGAGAAAUCCAGGCUGCGCCGCCGGAGCAGGAGCCGCAGGGCUUCCUUGGCGCAAAAAUACUCCUUGUCCAGCAGGAGGGAGAACAUGAUACGGAGAUCCGUCAGCAGGGCCAUGGCGAGGAAGGCGGCGGCACGAGAGUCCUCCUCGGCCUCCAGCAGAGUGAGCUGUCAGAGCUCCUUGGAGGUUUUCGUGGAAGAAGAAGACGCGACCAGCGGCACGAGGCCCGAGCUGGAGCUGAACCCCCCAAAGGAAAAGGCUCCCAAGGACGUCCUCAUUCCAAGCAAAAGUCCCCGAGCCGCCAGCCCUCCGGCACAGCCCCCGUCCCAUCCCGAGCAGCAGGCAGGGAAUGCUGCAGGAAGCCAUGUAAAUCCCAACAGUGAACCCCAGAAGAACCAGGAGCCACCUCACUGUGCCAAGUCCCAGGAGAGUCCCUCCCGUAUCUGGACGAGAGGCUACAAGCAAGCCCUGGGUGUCCUGUGGCACGGGCAUCAGCCGGGGGGCCAGACCCUUUCCCCUUCGGAUGACAAGCACAAGACCUCAGCCAGCCAGGCUCUGUCAUCACCCUCUCCGGCCAGCAAGGUUGUGAAGCCUCUGAAGAACUUCCUUCAGGCUGUGCAGCGGAACCAGCUGCUGCCAAGCUCGGGGCCCACGGGACGAGGGGGUGGCAUCAAGGACUUCAUCAAGCGCAACACUCCCACCCGGCCCAACCUGAAGGGCGACUUCGUUGAGAAGGAGCGGCAGAGACUGGAGAACCUCCGGAAAAAACAGGAGGCUGAGGAACAGAGGAAAAAGAAGGUGGAGGAGGAGAAGAGACGGCGGCAGGCAGAAAUGAAGCAGAAGCGGGAAGAGCGCCUGAGGAAGGCCCUGCAGGCUCGGGAGAGGGUGGAACAGAUGGAGGAAGAGAAGAAAAAGCGGAUGGAGCAGAAGCUCCUGCAGAGCGACGAGAAGGUGCGAGAAGAGAAGGCGGCAGAGGAGCGGAGCAAGAGGAAAACGCUGAAGAAAACCGGGGAGGUGGAUGCGCGGAGGCAGAAAGCUCUGAGGGGGGAAGAAAACGAGCAGCAAGAACCACUGCAGAAAAGGAGAGAGGAUGAAGUGAAGGAAAAAGGGAAGAAAGUCUUGGAACUGAAGAAUCUCCUAGAGCAGCAACAGGUGGAAAAAGCGAAGGAGAGGGAUCCCAAGCAGCGAGGGAAGGAGAAGCCCCCCCAGGCACAGCUGGAGCCAGCAGUGUUGGCUGACAAGACCACCAAGGGGAAAGAGAACCCCAAAGAGUUACCCCUGGGGCCUGGGCAGGAGAAGAGACAUGAGCAACCAGAAUCCAUUUUCCCAGCUCUUAACACCUGGCUCCAAGUGAUGAAAGAGGCAGAUGGUCAGCAGCAGCUGGGAGAAGAGAAAAAGCCCAAACCACCACCAGCAGCAGCAGCUGCAAGUGCCGCCCCUGGCACGUGGCUGAGCAAAGCCGUGAAGAAAUCCCUCUCCACAUCCUGCCUCGGGCCCCCGAAGGUCGUGCAGGGACCCGGAUCCCCCACGGCUGCUGAGAACGACUACGGGCUGGACCUGAACAGCGACGACUCCACGGAUGACGAGAACGACCCUCGGAAGCCUGUCCCUGCCUGGGCCGAAGGGACACAGCUCCACCAGGCCGUCCUGCACCAGUACUACCACCCUGUGGACGUGGAUGCGCUGUUUGGGGCCAUCCCCAGCCCCCAGCUGGAGCACAUCUUCUACAAGAGCAAGCCCCGCUACUUCAAGCGCACCAGCUCGGCCGUGUGGCACUCGCCGCCCGGCCCCAGCCCCUCCUGCUGAGCCAAGACAGGAAAGGGGGUUUUAGGGCAUCCGUGUGUGUUUUACUUAUCCUGUAUUUACAGUUUUAACUUUUUUCUU